AUGCUGACGGGUCCCGUAGCCCGCUUCGCGAGACAGAUCGCAGGACAAGGAUACAUUGUGGCUGCACCCUCCUCUUACCACGAAUUCACCGGCCCCGAACCUCUUGCCUACGAUGUUCCAGGAACUGAUGCAGGCAACGAAUGGAAAAUAGCCAAGAAGGUCGUAGCCUAUGACGAAGACGCGGAACUCUCUGUGUCCCUCCUUCUAGGUCUCAAGACAUGCAACGGAAAAGUGGGAGCCACAGGCAUGUGUCUGGGAGGACAUCUGGCAUACAGAUGCGCACUGGACACACGGGUCAAGGCUGCAGUCUGCUAUUUUGCAACAGAUAUCCACAGUCAUAGUCUCGGAGAGGGAAAAAGUGAUGACAGUCUCACAAGAGCUGGAGAUAUCAAAGGCGAGCUGGUCAUGAUUUUCGGAAAGAGUGACAACCAUGUGCCGCCCGAAGGUAGGGAUCUGAUCCGGAAGACACUGCAUGAAAAGGGUGUCGACUUUUCGUUCUAUGAAGUCUUCGGAGCACAACAUGCUUUCAUUAGAGACGAGUUGAGCAAGGGACGAUACGAUCCAGCGAUUAGUAAAGUCUGCUUUGAGAUGUUGUUGGAAGUCUUUGGCCGUCGCCUCAAGCUUGAUCUUGGGGAGCCGAGUGGAGAAAAAUUGGUGAUCGAAGACGUCUGCUAG